AUGCCCUCCUACCGUAUUGACCCUAUCUCGUUUUACGGUAGUAGUAACUCGCUAAGCCAAGGCAUCUUCAUUGGUUGUUACGUUCUUAUCGUCUUAAUACUUAUUUUCUCGAUAUACACUGAGAUAAGAGAACUGCGAAAGCUUGGAGUCAAAUACUUUAAGGACGUCUGGAACGUGAUAGAGCUGGCAUUCAUCUCCUUCACAAUUGCAACCAUCGUGAUCUUCUUCUUCAAAUCGGAAUACACCAGGCAACUGAUACAGAAAGUGCAAGAGAAUCCAUAUGCUCGAAUGAGCUUCGACUUUGUAGCUCUAUGGACAGACAUCGAAAGCGUGUUUCUUGCCCUGGUUAUCUUCCUGGCAACGAUGAAGUUCCUCCGCAUUUUGAAAUUUAACAAGCAUAUCGCCAUCAUGGCAAAAAGCAUAAGUAUUUCCAAGGGUCCCAUGAUUUCAUACUCAAUAGUGUAUACUGUGGUACUGAUCGCAUUUGCCACAAUGGGCCAUAUGAUAUUUGGGCGUUCGGCGUACAUGUUUUCUACGUUUACGAGGGCACUGGUCAACAUAUUCGAGAUGAUCCUUGGUAAAGGCACCAACUAUGAUGAACUGGAGUCAAUCAACCGUUUCUUUGGGCCAUUCUUCGUCUUCUUCUAUUUCUUCAGUAUGACUGUCUUCCUCAUGAACUUCUUCAUGGCCAUCUUGAAUGACUCCUUCACUGAUGCAAGAGAGAUCUUGGAACAAGAACCAACGGAGGACAGUCAAGUGGCAGAUUUCAUUGGGGAGUACGCUGUAACCAUGCUCAAGGAAAUAGCAGACGAAUUGCGAAGGACCAGUGGAAGGAAAAAGAGAUAUUCACAUCACGCCACAACAUACAGCAAAGAAGUAAAGGAGAGUGACUUCUUCUUGUACUGA